GAAUGGAAAUCUAUGCCAAGCGGCAGCUAGUGCCAGAGAGAGGGAGGGCGCGCGUGGGGCUUCUUCCUUUUGUGACUGCUCGGCCUUGGGCGAGGGAAUAUGCUGUGCGUGGAUUCUCAUCUUCUUCUUCUUCUUCUUCGGUAAAGAGUUAAUGAAAUAGAAAUACAAAAAGAGGGAAGAAACAAUGCGCCCUUUCUCUUUCCCCGAAGAUCCCGGGAGUCAUCUGCAAAGAAGUUCCUUUUGUAGUCUUUUUGUGCGCAUCAUAUACAUGCUAUGAGUAUGCCUUUGGCAUACUAAAAUAGAUUUAUGAUGGAAUCCUAGGGUUUUCUUUGAGCAUGAGAAUGAAAGUGCUUUACUAAGAGUUAUUGCCUAUGAUGAUGGCUGUUAAUCUUUCAGGAAUCGUGUAAUCGGAUUGUUCUAACCUUAGUGUAACUUUUUUAGUCAAAUUGUUUAAUUAUGUGGAGGUCUGGCUCUUGAUAUUACUGGCAGGGUUAGACCUAAGCUGAGAAAAGUAAUAAAUUCAUGUUGCAAUGGAUGACACACGAUGGAAUGGUCAUCAAGUAUAGCUAUUUUGAGCUAAGGAGAAAUGUCUACAUGUGAACAAAGUAUUGCUCAAACCUGAGAUUUUUCAGCUAGAAAAGUUGUGUUAGUAGAAAAAUAUUGCUGCAGUUUGUGUCCUAAUGGACAAUUUGGAGUCACCUUCAAGCCACUUCAAAUACGCCCCUUUUCGUAGGUGUUCUUCAAGCAUUUCUCCCAAAGAUUUGUGGUCAGCAUCAAGGGAUGGUUCUGUGACUGAGUUGGAUUCAGCUCUGCUAGCACUAAAGAGAAAUGGUGGAAAUGUGGAUUCGCGGAAUGCAUCUGGAGUUACUCCUCUUCACAUUGCCAUUUGGAGAAAUCAUUUACCCAUAGUGAAGAGGUUACUGGCUGCAGGAGCUGAUCCUGAUGCAAGGGAUGGAGAGUCAGGAUGGAGCAGUUUACAUAGGGCACUCCAUUUUGGCCAUCUUGCGGUUGCAAGUGUUCUUAUGCAGGCUGGUGCAUCCCUCACAGUGGAGGACUCUAAAUGUCGUACCCCAGUUGACCUUCUCUCUGGGCCUGUUUCUCAAGUUGUUGGCAAUAAUCUUGACUCAGUUGCAACUGAAGUCUAUAGCUGGGGAAGUGGGACAAAUUAUCAGCUUGGAACUGGCAAUGCUCACAUCCAGAAAUUGCCGGGAAAAGUUGAUGCGCUUCAUGAUUCUUAUAUUAAGAUAAUUUCUGCUUCAAAGUUUCAUAGUAUUGCUGUUGCUUCCAAUGGGGAGCUUUAUACUUGGGGAUUUGGCAGGGGUGGCAGGCUUGGGCACCCUGACUUUGAUGUUCACAGUGGUCAAGCUGCUGUUAUCACUCCACGCUUGGUGACAUCAGGGUUGGGGUCUCGCCGAGUUCAUGCUGUUGCUGCAGCAAAACAUCAUACAGUUAUUGCAACAGAGAGUGGGGAAGUUUUUACUUGGGGAUCUAAUCGAGAGGGACAGCUAGGGUACACUUCAGUUGAUACCCAACCGACACCAAGACGAGUGAGUUGCCUUAGGGUAAGAAUAGUUGCGGUCGCUGCUGCAAACAAGCACACGGCAGCUGUUGCUGAAUCCGGUGAAGUUUUUACAUGGGGAUGCAACAAGGAAGGCCAGCUUGGUUAUGGAACCUCCAAUUCAGCAUCUAACUACACUCCUCGAGUGGUCGAGUACUUGAAAGGAAAAUCUUUCAAGGGAAUAUCAGCUGCAAAGUAUCAUACAGUAGUGUUAAGUGCUGAAGGGGAGGUAUUCACCUGGGGUCAUCGGCAAGUCAACCCAAGACGGGUUAUUAUUGCUAGGAAUUUGAAGAAAUGUGGUGCUGCACUACUUAGAUUCCAUCGGAUGGAACGGCUUCAUGUCAUUUCAGUUGCUGCUGGAAUGACUCAUAGUAGCGCUCUGACUGAAGAUGGUGCUCUGUUUUACUGGGCAUCUUCAGAUCCCGACCUAAGAUGCGAGCAGGUGCAUUUGUUAUGUGGCGGAAAUGUCGUAAGCAUUUCUUCUGGAAAGUACUGGACUGCUGCUGUUACAGCAACAGGAGACGUGUACAUGUGGGAUGGAAAGAAGUGGAAGAAUAGGGAUCCUGUAUUAACACGCCUGCCUGGUAUUAAGCAUGUUACAUCAGCUUGUGUUGGUGAAACACAUUUACUAGCUGUCUGUGCUCUUUAUCACCCUCCUUAUUUGCCUGCAUUGGAGUCAAGCCAUCAGACUUCUAUCCUGAAGGAUAGCCAUGACAUAGAUGGCUUAGAUGAAGAACUUUUGUUUAGUGACAUACAGCCAGAUAUUUCUGAGCCAUUUGUGCAGAAUAAAUAUGAAGUCUGUAAACCUGUACCAAGUCUGAAGAGCCUCUGUGAGAAGGUUGCAGCCGAAUUUCUUGUAGAGCCAAGGAAUGCUAUACAACUUCUUGAGAUUGCAGAUUCAUUAGAAGCUGAAGAUCUAAGAAAAUAUUGCGAGGACUUGGUUAUCCGGAACUUUGAUUACAUUUUCACUGUCUCAGCACCUGCUAUUGGGACUGCGUCUCUGGAAAUUCUGGCAAGGCUUGAAAAUUUGUUGGAUGCAAGAUCCUCUGAGCCAUGGAGUUACCGCCGCCUUCCUACAUCAACCGUCGCUUUCCCUGUUGUUAUUUACAGUGAAGAGGAUGGUGAUAACGAAAUUGGUAAUCCCAUGCCUCGGGAUAAUAGGAAAUUAACUCCCAAAGAUUAUAAGGAUUUCAUUGGUGAAAGCUUUUGGCAAAGGAAGAGUGACGCUGAUCAAGCUGUCUUGAAACAAGUUAGAGCACUUCGCAAAAAAUUGCAGCAAAUAGAGAUGCUUGAAUCAAAGCAGCGCUGUGGUCAUAUUCUUGAUGACCAGCAAAUUGCGAAGCUUCAAACCAGAUCCAUUGUAGAGGAUGCACUUGCUGAACUUGGUUUUCCCCAUGAGACAGUUUCUAAACUUUCUUCAUCAGGAUUGUCUGAUGAGAAAGGGAAUAAAAAGGUGAAUGCCUCAAAAAAGCAAAGGCGAAAAAGCUUGCAGAAGGUAGCACAGCUAGAAACUUUAUCUAUAAAUAAUGAAUUACUCACAGAAAAAAACUCAAUUAAGGGUUUCCCUGAUGAGAAAAGUCUCAUUUCUAAAGCAAAGGAAAACAUGACUGUUGAACUAACUAUUGGAAGUAAGAUGGUUGAAGAUUGCUCUCCUGACACCCAUGAUUCCAACAGCAAUAAGGCUAUUUGGCCAACCUUAACCAAGAAAAAAAACAAGAAAGGUGGCCUUUCUAUGUUUCUUAGUGGUGCUCUUGAUGACAGCCCAAAAAAAGCUCCACCACCAACACCACCAAAAAGUGAGGGUCCUGCUUGGGGUGGUGCUAAAAUUGCUAAAGGUGCCACCUCCCUCCGUGACAUUCAGAAUGAGCAAAGCAAAACUAAAGAAGAAUGUAUCAAGCCAAAGGAAAAUCAUGAAGACUCAGUCGAGGUGACGAGGGCUGGACAGGUCAGGCUUAGUUCAUUUCUACCUGGGGAUUCCUCUAACCCAAUUGCUGUGAAACCAACUCAAGUAGUUCCUGCAUCUGAGGGAGAGAAGAGUACACCUCCAUGGUCUUCAUCUGGAACUUCACCCAUCUACCGGCCAUCCUUGAGAAACAUUCAGAUGCAACAGCAGGUGAAGAAGCAGCAGAGCACUUCUCACAGUCCGAAAACUAAUACUUCGGGUUUCGCCAUUGCUCCUCAUGGCUCGCCUUCAGAGUCCAGCGGUGUGGCCCCCAGCCGCUGGUUCAAGCCAGAAGCAGAAGCUCCAUCCUCCAUCAGAUCAAUUCAGAUCGAGGAGAAGGCAAUGAAAGACCUCAAGCGCUUCUACAGCAGUGUGAGGUUAGUGAAAUCCCAGCCUCAACCAUUGUGAUCUUAUUCCCUGAAUAGAUAGGAACAUAUAAAAUCCUCAUCCCAAUAUUUCUCCUUUUUUAUUAUGCUCAGCUAAUAUAGAUUUGAAUGUACAGUGCACUGUUUAGUUUUAGAUCUUUUAUGUUGAUAUAUCAGUCCUCUCAUUAGUAGGGACUUCUUUCUCUGGAACUCAUGACCCUUAGUUAACAAAAUAGAGGCAAUCUAACUACUACUUCGAACCUGUCCUUUUCUAUUAAAUGUAUAUGAUGUAGAAUCAAAUGCAGUUGAGAA